AAGCCAAGAAACAAGCUGGGCAGCUCUGGGAGAGAGGAGUGUCAGACAGCUGUUGUCAACAGGCACCUGGCCAGAGUGAAAAGGAGGGGCAGAUUCCAUCCAAGUCCCAGCGGCGCCAGCUGACACUCUCUGCCAAUGCCCAGGUGCUGAGCGACAGUGUCCCACCGGUCCCUGUGCCCAGAAUGGCCUGCACCAAGACCCUGCAACAGUCCCAGCCCAUCUCCGCAGGAGCCACCACAACCACCACCGCUGUGGCCCCUGCUGGGGGUCAUUCUGGCUCCACAGAAUGUGACCUGGAGUGUCUGGUGUGCCGGGAGCCCUACAGCUGUCCCCGGUUGCCCAAGCUGCUGGCCUGCCAGCAUGCCUUCUGCGCCAUCUGCCUGAAGCUCCUGCUGUGCGUGCAUGACAACACCUGGUCCAUCACCUGCCCACUGUGCCGCAAGGUCACCGCCGUCCCCGGGGGCCUCAUCUGCAGCCUGCGCGACCAUGAGGCGGUGGUGGGGCAGCUGGCCCAGCCGUGCACAGAGGUAUCGCUCUGUCCUCAGGGGCUGGUGGAUCCUGCUGACUUGGCAGCAGGACACCCCAGCUUGGUGGGAGAGGAUGGACAGGAUGAAGUAAGUGCAAACCACGUGGCAGCCCGGCGCCUGGCCGCGCACCUACUCCUGCUGGCCUUGCUCAUUAUCUUCAUCGGGCCCUUCAUCUACCCGGGUGUCUUACGAUGGGUGCUCACCUUCAUCAUCGCCCUGGCCCUGCUGAUGUCCACCUUCUUCUGCUGUCUCCCCAGCACCCGGGGCAGCUGCUGGCCCUCCUCCAGGACUCUCUUCUGCAGAGAGCAGAAACACAGCCACAUCUCUUCCAUCGCCUGAGUGCCCUCUGACGAGGCUAUCCCUGCAGCCCUUUCUGCCCUUGGGCCCCCAGACUUCCACAAUGAACAGGGUAAGGGGUUACGGACUAAGACUGGCUCCUUUGGGAAAUCACAUGCCAGCGGGACUUGCAAGCCACAACCGAGAUGGCCAGCCUGGGUCAAGAAUUACACGCUUGGAUGACAGGCUUGCACUUGCCCUUGGGAUAGCAUAGCUAAAACUGUUGGGGGCUAGGGGAGCAGACACAAACUACUUGAACACGACAAGAUGGGGGAAGCUCCUGUUCCUCUUAUUCCAAUGUUCUUGGUUUUUCUUUAUAUAACUUGAUGAAAGUAUUGCAGUAUUGAUGCUAUUGUAGAAUAGAACUGGAAUUCCAUUCUUUUUGCAAUUUACGUAGCUGGUUUUGUUUUCUUGUUUUCCUUUGUUUUUUUGGGUUUGGGGCAGCAGUUGGUUCAUAUUUCCCUUUGUUACACAUUUUCCCUCCUGGGAGCUUGGAGUCCACGGGGAGGUCCCACUGUGCUUCCUCUAACACUGAGCAUCUCAUGCCCAGCCUAGCCUCGGCAAGUGUCCUGGUUGUUUAGGUCUCCCAUGGAGUCGACCCUAGGGUUGGGGAGACAAAAUGUGUGUGAAGCGAUGGUGUUUCUGAAGCUGCAGGCGGAGUCCCACAUUUAGCUGGCAGAGAUGGGGAGGGGUGGAGAGGGCAGGGUUUGGGAAUUGCUCCCAGCAUCCUCACUAGGAGUUCCCCACUCCGUGCCACUAGGCCCUGACUUAGCAGCAAAUCUCGGGGUUACAAGGACUGCAGUCCACAUACAGCGGGGCCAGCUGCCCAUCUAUUGCACAGUCCCACACGGUAGAACUAGAUCUUUAUGGAUGUUACUGUCUUUGUUAUUGCAUCUCAAGUACUAGUUAAGCUUUUGUCAUAAAGAUAAGAGGCCCCAUAAAUGCAACGGUCCUCACCAAUAACCCCACUUUUCCCACCUCACCCUGUGAGUCGCAAGCUUUUUUUGUGCCUUCUUUCCACCAUGUCUGCUUCUUAACACAGGGGAGGCAUUGGCUGGGGGAAACAACUUUCCAUGGUUGCCAGGGGCAGGCCUCAGCUGGGUGUUUAUGUGGGAGUGCAGAUGAGCAGAGGAUGGGAGGAGACAUACUAUUUCCUUCCAAAAGCCCCAUAAAUGGGAAACAUUCUUGAAACCUCAGAGGAGUGCUGUUGUCUCAGGGCAAGUCCAACACCCAUGCCAUUGGCCCUAAUGGCGACUGGUGCUGAGACAGUAUGAGUGUGUGUGGGCAUGCACAGACCCACAGCUUUAAGCCAGACCAAGUGGGCCUGAAGAACACCAUGUCUCCCAAGCUGAAGAGGGUCACUGGGCAUUUCCUGAGCUGGCCCCGGGCAUGUCAGUUUGGGAUGGCUGCCAGUGGGAUAGGCAAGGAACAUUCCCUUCCAACUCACUUCACUUCUAUUCGAUCUGUAAUAUUUCUCAGACCCUUCGCCAAGAUCAAAACCUCCCCCCAAUGUUUUAGUUGCUAAUGACACCAUUUCUACCAUAAUAAUGGUGGUUACUUGUUUAUCCAGUACUUACUCUGUGCCAAGUACUGCAAUAACUGCUUUCCAUGCACUAGUUAAUCUUCGCAAUAACCUUAUGAAGUACAGGCCAUUACUAUCUCUCUCUUGCGGAGGAGGAGAUUGAGGAUCACAGAGGUGAAUUCGCCUGCCUAAGGUUGCACAGUCAAUGCCUGAGCUCCCUCGAGAUAACCCAGGGCUCCUUCUGCCUCAUGAUGCUGCUUCCUUUGUGUACAACUCCCAAAUAAGUGGGGAUCUGGUCACCACUUGAGGGUUUUUGAGAAGUGCAUGGAGAGAACAGGAAACUAAUUUCAGGAGCCUCCAAAUUCCAGCAGUCAGCUGCUCAGAGAGGCCGGAGAAUUUUAGAAUCUGUCAUCCAUGCUAAAGAAAAGAAAAGAGAAUGAUAGGCCAGGCGC